AUGGUCUCUUUCUUCCGAACCGCCGCCGUCGCGGCCACUGCCUUGCAGGGCGCUCAGGCUUGGGGUGUCUUGGGCCAUGCCACGGUCGCUUACAUUGCCCAGAACUACCUGACCAACGACACUGCCGCCUGGGCCCAGGGCGUCCUCGGAGACACCUCCGACUCGUACCUCGCCAACAUUGCCUCGUGGGCAGACCAGUACCGUGCCACCACGGCCGGCAAGUGGUCCGCGCCGCUGCAUUUCAUCGACGCCGAGGACAACCCUCCCUCAUCUUGCAACGUCGACUACCAGCGCGACUGCGGCAGCAGCGGGUGCUCCAUCUCCGCCAUCGCCAACUACACGCAACGCGUGUCCGACGGCCGCCUCAGCGUCGCGCACCACGACGAGGCGCUCAAGUUUCUCGUGCACUUCCUCGGCGACGUCACCCAGCCGCUGCACGACGAGGCCUACCAGGUCGGCGGCAACGACAUCAAGGUCACCUUUGACGGCUACUCGGACAACCUGCACGCCGACUGGGACACGUACAUCCCGCAGAAGAAGCUUGGCGGCGGCAAGCUGACCGACGCGCAGGGUUGGGCCGCCGCGCUGGUGCAGGAGAUCGAGACGGGCGCGCUCCAGGGCCAGGCGGCCGGCUGGAUCAAGGGCGACAGCGUGGCGGACCCGAUUACGUCGGCGACGCGCUGGGCAUCCGACGCCAACGCGUACGUGUGCUCGGUGGUGAUGCCGCAGGGCGCGGACGCGCUGCAGCAGGGCGACCUCUACCCGGACUACUACAACUCGGUCAUCGGCACGGUCGAGCUGCAGAUCGCAAAGGGCGGGUACAGGCUUGGCAACUGGCUCAACAGCAUCUACAGCAGCAAGAUUGCCAAGCGCGACGUCAAUGACGCCGAGGCGGUCCUGCCGGAUCUGUCGGGACGCGAUCUGCUGCCCGCCGCCCGCCCGAUGACCCGCGCGAAGCUCGCGAGGGAGGCCAUGGGCGAGACGUGCUGCACUCACAACCACUAG